UGCACUUCAGUCUGCGACACACCUACCAGGAAGUCUUCAGUUAUUAUUUGGCAGGCUGCACACGCACAAUGUGACUUGUUUCAGAAUGAGUAAGAGGAGAGGCAAAGUGAUAAGUGACGCGACGGCCGCCAAGAGCCGCAGAGUGACGGCCGAUGCGAAGCCCCGGAGACCUUCCUCGGGCAGAGCCACGCCCUCCAGCACAGGAGAUAUCGGCCUCAUCGAGAGCAUCACUCUGAAGAACUUCAUGUGCCACCAUUUGCUCGGCCCGUUCCAGUUCGGGCCCAACGUGAACUUCAUCGUCGGCAACAACGGGAGUGGAAAAAGUGCAAUCCUGACCGCGUUGCUAGUCGGCCUCGGGGGAAAGGCCACCGUCACCAACCGAGGGAUGUCUCUGAAGGACUUUGUGAAAACCAGUGAGAACACCGCAGACAUCACCGUGAAGCUGAGGAACAGAGGGCCGGAUGCUUUUAAAAAGGACGCCUACGGGGACUGCAUCUCCAUCGAGCACCGCAUCUCCAGUGACGGAGGCCGGACCUGCAGACUGAAGAGCAAAUCAGGUAAACUCAUCUCAAACAAGAAGGAGGAGCUGACUGCCAUUUUGGACCACUUUAACAUCCAGUUGGAUAACCCCGUGUCCAUCCUCAACCAAGAAAUGAGUAAACAGUUCCUGCACUCAAAGAAUGAAUUCGACAAGUACAAGUUCUUCAUGAAGGCAACUCUGCUGGAACAGAUGAAGAGAGAUUACAUCCACAUCAAGCACACGAAGACCGUCACACGGCAGCAGGUGGAGAGACAAGAUGAGUCCCUCAAGGACCUGAAGCGAGAGUUCCUCCAGAAGAAGGAGCGCUAUGAACAUUUACCGUCCGUCAGCGAGAUGAAGGAGGUUCUGGAGAAUCUGAAGAAGACGAUGGUGUGGUGUUUGGUCAGAGAGAAGGAGCAGCUGGUGCAGCAGUUGAAGGACGAUGUUGAAAAGGAAGCGAAUAAUCACAAACAUCAGGACAACCUGCAGCUCUGUCAGUCGAAGGUCACACAAGUGGAGAAGAAGCGUCAGUUGAUCAAGAGCCGGGUUGACGGCAUGAGGCGGGAACAGGAGUCGCUAUCUGGAGACAAUCUGAGGUUGAAGGAACAAGUGAAGGUCGUCGGCAGAGCUCACAAGGAACAGGAGCUUGUUUAUUUCCGAGCUCUGAACAAACUCAAACAGUCGGAAAAGGAGCAAAACCGUCUUCAGGAGAGAAUUAAUAAGGCAAAAACAAUUCUUAGCCUGAACAAUGAUGGAGACACGGAAUAUGCAAUACAGCAGAAGACAAUAUCCCGCCUGAAGGAGCAGCUUGCAGAACUUGAGGCAAAGGGUCCGAAGCUGAAUCAAGAGAUCCAGAACAAACGCCAGGCGCUCUUCAAAGGAAGGGAAGAGCGGGAAAAGCUGAGAUUGGAGGAAAGAAACAUCUGGGUUGUGAACGAGUCCAAAGUGAGGAGGAGGAAUCACAUCCUCGCCAGUCGAUCGAACAAACUGAAGCGGUUUGGAGAUCAGGUACCCGACCUGCUGGGCUCCAUCGCUGAGGGCUACGCCACCGGGCGCUUCCUCAAGAGACCGGUCGGACCCAUAGGGGCGUGCAUCAGUCUGAAGGAUCCCAUGCUGGCGCUGGCCGUGGAGUGCUGUCUGCGGAGCUUCAUGAAAGCGUUCUGCUGCGACAACUACAAGGACGAGGCGGCCCUCCAGGAGCUGAUGCGUCGCCACUAUCCAAAGGGCAACCGGCCGCAGAUCAUCGUCUGCACUUUCUCUGAGAAAGUUUACAACAUCCAAGGACGGAAAGCGGAUCACCCAGAAUAUCCGUCUGUGCUGGACAUCAUCACAGCGCCGAGCCCGGUCGUCAUCAACUGCCUGAUCGAUAUGAGGGGGAUAGAAUCGAUUCUCAUUAUCAAAGAAAAAGACAAAGCGAGGAGGGUCAUGCAGCAAGGUCGGCCGCCGAAAAACUGCCGCGAAGCCUUCACCGCUGAGGGAGAUCAGGUGUUUUCAAACCGUUAUUACACCGCCGACUUCAGCAUGGCCCAGUAUCUCGGCGGGGAUCUCGAGACUGAAAUAAGUAUGUUGGAGUCAGACCUGGAGAAUCACCAGGCUCAGCUGUCCAGGUUUCAGCUCCACGGGACCUCCGUGACUAAGGACAUCAUGAGCAUGGAGCGCAAUCUGAACAACACCAUCAUUGCCCUGAAGAAUACUCUGGUCUCUGUGAAUCAAGUCAAGGCAUCGAUAACUGAGCUGGAGACUGCUGGCGAGGAGCACAUCGAUGACAUCAGCUCCUUGGAAGAAGUCGCCCAAGAGAACCGACCGAGGUUGGAGGCCGAAAAGCAGUUUGUCCACGAGGCGAAGACGGACCUCGACAAGCAUCGGAGCUCAGCAGAGGACGUGGAGUCCAAGUACUUUGCUGUGAGAGAACAGAUUGAUCAGCUCUCCGAGGACGCGGAGGCGUUGAAGGAGGAGCAGCUGAAGCUGGAGGCCGAGUGUGCAAAACACCAACGAACCCUUCAGAUUUUGGAACGCAAACUGAAGGCUCAUGAAGACGACGUCCAAGCGAUGAGCGGUGACCUCGCCGAAAGAGCGGAAGAGUUACAGGAAUAUGUGGCCAAAGCCACCGAGAUCUGCCCCGAGCGGCAGCAGGUGACCCGCAGCACCAGGAGCAUCGACAUCGAAAUCACUCGGAUGAAGAAGACAAUCGAGGUGCACGAGGAAAACCACGGCGAGCAGGAGCAGGUGCUGAGGGAGUACGCCAAGGCCCUCGCUCUCUACAGGGAGAAAACCAGCCAAGUGAGAGAUCUGCAGAGGUUCAUCGAUCAACUCGAUAACAUCAUGUCGGACAGGCAGGACAGAUACAAAAUAAUGCGGAGGUUAGUCUCAGUCAGAUGCAAGUUAUACUUCAAUAACUUUCUGAUAAAGAUGAACUGCUGCGGCUCGAUGGUUUUUGAUCACAACAAUGAGACACUCUCAAUCUCGGUGAAGCCUCCGGGCCGAGAGGACGAUGGUGUGAGUGACAUGAGGUCGCUGUCUGGGGGUGAACGCUCCUUCUCCACCGUUUGCUUCAUGCUCUCUCUGUGGGAGAUCACCGAGUCGCCCUUCAGGUGCCUCGAUGAGUUUGACGUCUACAUGGAUAUGCACAAUCGCAGAAUCUCCCUGGAUCUCCUCCUGGAGCUGUCAGAGCGGCAGCAUCUUCGACAGUUCAUCUUCAUCACUCCCCUCAACAUCAGCAAUCUGCCCAAAACCAGCCUUAUCAAAAUCCACCAGCUUCAGGAUCCUGAAACGACGGAGGAAGAUGUUUGAACUGCGCUCCAGUGACAGAAAUAUAAAGAAUGUAAGGAUGAAUGUUCAGGUGCACAGUCUACGUAUGUUUCAGUAUUGUUUUAUGUGUGUGGGGGUUGUAACUGUAAUUGGUUUAUUUGCUGUGAUGAAUUCUUGAAUGUGUUGUGUCAUUCCUGCAGCCUUCAAAAACGUUUGAGCAUUUAAUAUUUUUACGGAUUAUAGCACUUAUAAUCUUAUCACUUAUAUAUAUAUAUGCACCAAAAAAAAGGUCCGUUAAAUUUAAAAAAAAUAAAAAAUAAUUAUGCAUUA